AUGUCAACUCAAAUUCCCAAGACUAUCAAAGCUAUCCAGGUCGACAAAGUCGGUGGACCAGAGGUCAACGUGUUGAGAGAGAUACCUACGCCGGUACCUAAGGAGAACGAGGUGUUGAUCAAGGUCCAGUGGAGUGGUGUGAAUUACAUUGAUAAUUAUUUCCGAUCAGGAUUGUACCCUGUCCAACACCCUUACACUGUAGGCCAAGAUGCAGUGGGCACGCUCGUCCAAGCACCUGAAGGGUACCCCAUCAAAGUGGGCAGUAGGGUAUUCACCACUGCUGGAAGUGCUUUUGCAGAAUACCUAGUAGCUUCCAGAGAUAGAGUCGCGGCUCUUCCUGAAGACAUUGAUCCUAAAGAUGGUGUAUCGAUGGCUACUCAGGGAUUGACCGCCUUGUACCUCCUCAAGGAGAGUUAUCCAGUUAAGAAAGGUGAUUGGAUAUUGAAUAGAGCUGCCGCGGGUGGUGUGGGGUUGAUCUUGACUCAGAUCGCCAAAUAUCUCGGUGUCAAUGUCAUUGGAACUGUAUCUUCCCAAUCCAAAGUCGACACAGUCAAGCAAUCUGGCGCGGACCACGUAUUACUCUCGAGCGAUUCAUCCGAAUCGAACGUGAAGAAGGUACUUGAAUUGACAGGUGGUCAAGGUGUACAUGCCGUUUAUGAUGGUGUUGGAAAGGACACUUGGGAAGAGGAUUUCGAAGUGGUAAGGAGAAAAGGAACAAUUGUGACUUAUGGGAAUGCUUCGGGUGCGGUCCCACCAUUCCCUGCCACGAAACUCUCACCCAAAGCCCUCAAGGUCACUCGGCCAACCUUGUUUGCCGUAGUGAAAACCCAAGAGGAAUGGGACGAGUAUACUUCCGAAUUGAUCGAUAUCACCAAGAAAGCCAAGAUUCAUUAUGCUGUUCAUAAGGAAUAUGGAUUUUCGGCUGAAGAUGUCAUCCAGGCUCAAAAGGAUAUACAAGGAAGGGGAACCGCUGGGAAAUUGUUGAUCAAAAUAUCAGAGUAG